AUGCAGACGCAGGUGCUGCUCCCCCCCGCCCCUUGUCUCCGCCAGCCACCUGCCGCCGGCGAGCCCCGGUGCGCGCAUCUCCGCCGCCGCCGCCGCUGCCCCGUAGCAAAAUCCUCCCUCCCGCUUGCUUCCUCUCCCCGCCCCACGCAUUUGAUUCAAUUUCCCUCCCACUUGGAGCCACCGAAUUCAAGCGUAGAAAGCAAUUAAAUCCUGCCAAAACUAGCAGCGCCAAUAUCCUAGGCGGCGCUCCCCUCUCCUCCCAGCUCGAGGCAGCCGACCCAGCGCAGCCGCCGCCCUCUGUCUCUGCGCAGUGGCGGCCGCGCCGCCCUCUGCCUCCACCACCACCAUCUGCUGGAGCGUCGCCGCACCUCUCACCUGUCCUGGUCGGGGUGGAGCGGAGCGGGUUUCGCCUUCUUCUUGGUAGGAGGAAAUCCUAGCUCUGCGCUUCUUGCUUCAAUUGGAUGGUGGAUUUGAUUCACUAGCUGCUGGAACAGAGUUGGUCACUUUUGGUCCAAUUCAAAAAAACUCAAAUCUCCCUCCCUCUCAGAUUGCUGCGGGCCAUUAUCCCGCUCCAAUCCAUCCGUCCAUGGCCCGCGUGGGCUCGUCUUCCUCAGGGCGCGGUGUGGAUAUGCCCACGCAAGUUGAGAGCAUCUUUGAGCAAUUGAUCAGCAAGAUAGAAGCUGCAGAUUUUGAUCCGCGACCCUUGUUGAAACAAUGUCAUGCGUUAGGCCGCUAUGAACCGAUCAAGCGGAAUGUAUACCACAUUAAGAGACGCACUGAAGAUUAUGGCAUUUUCUGUUCUUGCAAGCCUUCGUCUGGUUCAUCAGUUAUGUGUGGCAAAGACUGCCAUUGUGGGAUGCUGUUCUCUUGUUGUUCAUCAAGCUGUGAAUGUGAUAACACUUGUGCCAACAAACCAUUCCAGCACAGACCUCUGAAGAAUACCAAAUUGAUUAAGACAGAGAAAUGUGGAUUUGGAUUGGUAGCUGAGGAUGAAAUAAAGAAAGGAGAAUUUGUUGUAGAAUAUGUGGGGGAAGUUAUUGAUGACAGAACAUGCGAGAAAAGAUUAUGGCAAAUGAAAAGGCUGAGUGACACUAACUUCUACCUUUGUGAGGUCAGUAGCAAUAUGGUCAUUGAUGCUACAGACAAGGGAAACAUGUCCCGAUUUAUAAACCAUAGUUGUGAACCAAACACAGAGAUGCAGAAAUGGACUGUUGAUGGAGAGACCAGAGUUGGAAUCUUUGCUCUUCGUGACAUAGAGAAAGGGGAGGAGCUGACUUAUGACUAUAAAUUUGUCCAGUUUGGAGCAGAUCAAGAUUGUCAUUGUGGAUCUUCAUACUGCCGAAAAAUGCUUGGAACAACAAAGUCACUCAACUCACUGCUUCUUCGAAAUGGCUAUUCAGUUAACUCACAUAAUCAGUAUGUCAAGAAGAAAAAAAGGAAAACAAGGCGUGAGAAUUGCAUUCAACAGUUUCUUCGUUUGUGGCAUCCACGGCAACAAAUGUAUGUUGGAUGUUGGAUAAUUGACUUUGAUCAAGAAACUAAAAUACAUACUCUGCAGUUUACCGACCUCCAUGUCGAGAAGUUUAAUUUGAAAGAAGAAGAGUGGCACUUCUUACUGGUUGAUUCAUCAGAUGAAGAGUGAUCAUUACUGUCACAUUCUAUUGGACCAUCAUGGUUCGCUUGGCUGCCAUCCUGAUUUCGGUUCGUUUUGCAGAACUGGCGGGCAGUUUUCUGCCAUUUGGAGUCUACUGCAACCCUGAUGCUGCCAUUUGGAGUCUACUGCAACCCUGAUGCUUGAGACAAGCUUGUGCGCGCUCGGGCAUCCUACGCUGUAACUGCUGAUUCCCAUUGCCAAACUGAACCACACCCCUCGAUUGCAUUGUUCGCUGAGUACCACAAGAUGCUCGGAAACAGAAUAAAGUCUUUGGUGAUUUUGGUGUACCAACGUCGUUGUGUUGCGUGCCGUGGAAGUGUGCUUGAUAUGUCGGCUACUGUCAAUAGAAAUGUCGGUUGUGCUUGUUGUCUUGCAGUGGCAUCCUGUGACGAAACAUGAGGAGGCAUUGUCGAAGUGAUCUGUCUCCCUGACUGCUGCCUGUUCGAUGCAUCCCUGGGAUAAACCAAAUUAAAUAGGCUUGCUGGGUAUGUAUAAGAGGCAGUAGUGUGCUAGCUAGUCUUGUUAACGGAGCUUUUAUGUGCUUUUUUUCCUGUUUUGUUGUCUACUACGGAAUGUUUCAAAUACUGAUGAUUUGUUGCUAAUGAAAUACAUGCAUUGUGCCUCUC